AUGGCGCCGUUGCUGCUGUUGUUCCUCCUCACGUUGCUACCGGCCGCCGCUUACCUGUGCUGCGUGAGGCGGUACACGGGCAGCGCUGGGACGGUGCUGUACCGCCGGCAACCGGGCCGGGCCGAGGCGCGGGGCCGCAGCCCGCCUCGGGAUCCCUGGGCCCCGCGGCUGUGCGGCUCCGGGCUGCGCCUCUUCGUCCAUGUGGCUAAUACGGCUUUUGGGCAGCUCUGCUUACUGCCGCUGUUAAUAAGGCUGAACAACUUCUCGCUCAUGCGUUCACUUGACAUUCAUGAAGAUCCCACGUUUAUCCCAGAGGUUGCUGCGGAGGUUACAGAAGACAAGUCUGAAGCUAAAAGCACUUCGGAUAUUAUUGAGCAGCUGAUAGAUGCAAGGUCUGAUUCUGCUAGUGAUGGGUUUAGCUUCAAAGGGAUCAAAGACUACCUGGACUGCUACCGGAGUGGGAAGCUGACGCCAUCUCAGGUAGCAAAGAACAUCAUUGCCAUGUUGGAGGACUGCGACAAAUCCACGCCCCCACUCAGAGCGAUAGUGCAAUGGGACCAGGAGCAAAUAAUGCUGAUGGCUGAGGCCUCCACUGCUCGUUACAGAAAUAAGUGUACGCUGUCUUAUCUGGAUGGCAUCCCAGUGUGUCUGAAAGAAGAGUUCAAAGUGGUACCUUACCAUCACCGAGUGGGAACAGUGUAUCUUGGGACGGAGCCCGAAACAGAAGAUGCUACUGUGACCAAGAAGCUGCGAGAGGCUGGGGCUAUCAUUAUUGGGGUCUCAAACAUGCACGAACUAGGGACUGGAACAACUGGAUGCAACCCUAAUAGGUACCACAGGAUCCCUAGGAAUCCCUACAAGCCUAACCACUUCACAGGUGGGAGCUCCAGUGGGUCAGCAGCAGCUGUAGCAGCAGGUCUCUGCCCAGUGGCUAUUGGCACAGAUGGAGGUGGCUCUGUGAGGAUUCCUGCUUCGUUCUGUGGUGUGGUGGGCCUGAAAGGUACGUUUGGGCGCAUCAGUUCUCAAGGCAGCUUGCCACUCUCCUACUCCACAGUCAGCGUAGGCCCUAUCUGUACCUCAGUGGCAGAUGCAGCCAUUGUUUACAGUAUCCUUGCUGAGCCAGAUCCGCUCUAUCCAUAUGGACUAAAACAGCCCAAAGCAACCCUAUCUGGUAUGUGUGCUCCUGACCUGAAAGGCUUAAAACUGGGAGUGGACUGGACGUUUUUUAAGGCAUGUGAUGCUGAAAUCCUGUCCAUCUGUGAGAAAGCUGUGGAGCACCUGCAGAGUUUGGGAGCCAGUGUGGUUGACGUGUCUCUUCCAGAGAUGGAGGAAGUGCGAGUAGCACAUGUAAUCUGCAUUCUCAGUGAGAUGAGGGAUUUCCUGCAACCUGACUUCAAUAAACACUUCCACGAAAUGAAUUUGGACACUCGGGCUAACCUGGCCUUGGCUUCCCAGUUCACAGCUCUGGAUUAUAUUACGGCAAAUCGACAGAGAACUCGGAGCAUGAGAUUUUUGCAAGAGAUCUUCACCACUGUGAACUGUAUCCUUACACCAGCUGUUGCUUCCACUGCCCCAAGAAUCUAUGAAUCUGACCUCUUGACUGGGAGCAGCGAUUCGUCAUUCACAGUCCGGUCCAUGAGGUUCAUGCAGCUUGGUAACUUCACUGGGAUUCCAUGCCUUGUGGUCCCCGUUGGAUAUUCUACUGCUGGGCUUCCUAUCAGCUUCCAGGUCAUGGCAAAAUGGUGGGAUGAAGCUGUUCUUCUGAGAAUUGGCCUGAAGCUAGAGCAGUUUCGUUACCAGACAAAAAAACCAUCCAUUUAUUAUGACAUCCUCGCAUGAUAGAGUGGCUAAGAUAGGGACUAAUUUUUUUUUUCCUAGUCUGAGCUGACCAAGUAUUAGAGUGGACUUGUUUUCAAUGUUCAUCUGAAUAAGGCUUAGUAGCAGCCCCAUUUGAGGAAUGGGGAGGAACACUGAUCUAAGCAGCCACUGAUGCUGAGCAGGCAUCCUUUCUGCUCCCUGUUCAUUACUGGAUGGCCCAGUUUAUACUGGGGAGACCAACCGUGCUAGCUAGUUCCUUGCUGUGUUUUCGCCAAUAGGGGAAGCUGCAACUAUCUUCUGUGACAUCUUUCUGUGUAGAGGUCCUGUGUAAACAUGGAAGACAGCUGCAUCUACAGGACUGUAUGUGGGCAGUUCAUACUACUGUGCAUGGAAAGGUACAAUCCUAGCCCUUAAACCUCACAGAACUCCUCCUGCUCCAGGAUAUAACAAAGGUACUAUUUUGAAGGGGAGAGGCAGCUUCCCUUAAGAAAUAAUGCCUAGCUCCCUUGGAAGGAGGAGGAUCUUAACACACCUGCCAAUUAGGUAGCGUGUGUUGUGGCCCUUUACUUAGUCCCUCAGAGCAAAACAGAAAGCCUAGAGCUAUGGAAGUGUCACUGUGCUUCUGUCCCUUACGCUGCAAACAGUGUAAGGUCAGUCUAAACGUUGCACAAAGUCUGGUUGUGCUCACUGCAUGAGUAGUCCUACCUACCUUCAGCCUUACAUGCAAGGGGAGGAAAAAGCACAGCAUGAACCUUCAUCAACUCUGUGACCCAAAGCCCUGGUUCAGGGUUCUGGCUUUCUGUUGCACAUCUCUAUUUCCCAAGCUAAGCCUUGGAGAGCCUCUUUUCUCCCACUGGUUGCUUAACUAUAAGCCUACUAUCAUUUAGGUGUGUAAAUGGAAGAAAUUAUCUGGUACUGCUGUGAAGUAUUGUUUAAGGGGUGCUAAGACAGCUAUUACAGACAGGUGAAAUUUGUGUGGUACUGAAAGUAGGAAAUGCUACUGAGCUACUGCAAGAGCUCAGGGACACCUUAUUACAGCCUUUCAGUACUUAAAGGGGGCCUAUAAGAAAGAUGAGGACAAGGACAAGCUUUUUAGUAAGGCCUGUUGUGAUAGGACAAGGGGUAAUGGUUUUAAACUAAAAGAGGGUAGAUUUAGACUAGA